GGCUUGGGUGCAGACAUGGCCAAGUCCAAGAACCACACCACGCAUAACCAGUCCCGAAAAUGGCACAGAAACGGCAUCAAGAAACCCCGAUCACAAAGAUACGAAUCUCUCAAGGGGGUGGACCCCAAGUUCCUGAGGAACAUGCGCUUUGCCAAGAAGCAUAACAAGAAGGGCCUGAAGAAGAUGCAGGCCAACAACGCCAAGGCCUUGAGUGCACGGGCUGAGGCCAUCAAGGCCCUCGGAAAGCCCAAGGAGGUCAAGUCCAAGAUCCCAAAGGGCGGCAGCCGCAAGCUCAGUCGACUUGCCUACAUUGCCCACCCCAAGCUUGGGAAACAUGCUCGAGCCCGCAUCGCCAAGGGUCUCAGGCUCUGCCGGCCAAAAGCCAAGGGCAAGGCUCAAACCAAGGCCCCAGCUGGUCCUACAGCUGCAGCUCCGCCUCCAGCUCAGGCCCCGGCUCCCAAAGGUGCCCAGGCUGCCACGAAGGCUCCAGAGUAGAGGCCUCUGUCUGCC